AUGUCUCGCCAAGAAUUAAAAGUCAAUGGUGCCAUUUCUGCCGUUAAAGGUAUCGAUGCGGAAACAUCGAAAUCUUUCUUCCACCCGAUACAAAAUCCAGCAACCGGUACCGCAAUAUCCGAAAACCCACCACCAUUGUUUCAACCAUUAACAAUUCGUGGUGUCAGAUUUGCAAAUCGAGUAGUUGUAUCGCCAAUGUCUACUGCAGUCUUGCCCAAUGGCAGAAUAUCACCAGAAGAUAGUGGGAUUUGGGACGACAAACAUGUGGGGCCAUUAAAGCGUAUCGUGGAUUUUGCCCAUUCGCAGGGCGCAAAGAUCGGGAUUCAGAUUGCACAUGCUGGACGUAAAGCCUCAACAAGAUCACCGUUUAUAGCUGAACAAAAUCCACAGCUUUCACUACUUGUUCCCAAAGAAGACAACGGUUGGCCCGAUAACGUGGUUGGACCAUCGCCAAUUCCAUGGGACUCUAAACACGCAACCCCCGAUCAACUCAGCAUCGAUGAAAUACAUGAAAUCAUCGAUGCAUUCGGAAAAGCUGCCGAACGCGCAUUAAAAGCCGGAUUCGAUGUGCUCGAACUCCACUUUGCACACGGCUACCUUCUCACUGAAUUCUUUUCACCGUUGUCAAAUCAAAGAACGGACCAAUAUGGUGGAAGCUUUGAAAACAGAAUUCGAUUCGGUUUAGAAAUAAUAGAACGCGUACGUACUAUCUGGCCAGCUGACCGACCUCUAUUCAUUAGAGUCUCUGCGACAGAAUGGGUCGAUGAUGAAAAAUCUUGGAAGAUAGAUCAAACUGUGGAAUUUGCAAAAAUCGUAAAAGAACUUGGCGUGGAUCUAAUCGAUUGCUCAUCCGGUGGUAAUGUCAAUUAUCAACACAUUCCGGCGGCCAACCCAUUAUAUCAAGUCCCAUUCGCCGAACAAGUGAGAAAGGAAGCAAAUAUUAAAACUAGCGCAGUCGGAAAAAUCACCGAAGCUCAUCAAGCAAAUGAGAUUUUAGAGCGGAAACAAGCUGAUUUGGUGGUUAUUGGGAGAGCAUUUUUGAAUAACGCUGGUUGGGUGCAGAAAGCAGCUCAGGAACUUGGUGUUGAGAUUGUGUGGCCGAUACAAUAUCAUAGACGAGGAAAAUAUAGAUUAUGA